CCGGUACUAACUACUUACUUACUUGGCUGAAAAUGAUUUGAAGAAGAAUAGUUGUGGGGCUUGUUCGGACAUACCGGUAUCCCAGUAUAGCUACGACUGGUGCAGAAACUACACAAAUCUGUGGCCUGACUUCCUCACCCAACCUGAACAGCUGAAACCAGAGCUUUAGUUAGGCCUUUCGUUUUGAGUGGUGUGGUGAUAGGGAAACCAAUGCCAAUGGCCACUGCCCAUUGUGGUUCACUGUUGGCCCGACAUAUUCCGUUCUCAUCAGGCCUACGUAUGCAGUCCACGAAUCUCGUUAAGAAAAUAGCCAUCGAGGGUAAUAUUGGAGCUGGGAAAUCAACGUUCCUUAGCAUCCUUCAAAGUAACUUCAACUUCCGGGCUGUCCCAGAACCUAUUGCAGACUGGCAGAAUGUUGCUUCGGAGGAGGCUGGCAAACCCACAGAAAACCUUCUCGACCUUUUCUACAAAGAUCCGAAGCGAUGGGCGUACACGUUUCAGACAUAUGCAUGUUUGACACGAGUUCGCUCACAGCUAGCACCGCCGCCGGCAGACCUCAUGCAGCUCUCCAACCCAGUUCUGUUUUACGAGCGCUCAGUUUACAGUGAUCGGUAUUGUUUUAUGGACAAUUGUUACAAGUCUGGACUUAUCAAUGAGAUGGAAUGGCGACUAUACUGCGACUGGCAUACACACUUAUUAGGUGCAUUGGGCGGCCUACACAUUGAUGGCAUUGUGUAUCUCAGAGUGAAACCAGAGGUGUGUAUGGAGCGUCUGAAACACCGCAAUCGCUCGGAGGAAUCAACUGUUGGUCUCGAUUAUCUCAGUAGUAUCCACGAGCAACACGAGAAGUGGUUGAUGCGCAAGGAGACUAAGAUUUCACCAGUUUUGAAGAAUGUGCCCGUGUUUGUUCUGGAAAGUGACCAGGAGUUCCAAACUGACCAUGACCGACAAGUGGAAAUGGUUGGAGAGCUGAAAGAUUUCCUUGCAAAUUGCUCAUCAACUGAGGUACCUGCGGACGUGGCAGCCAGGUAAUCCUGAUCUCGUCAUGGUGCUCGGGCACUCUGUAUUGCGUCGGGAGUGAGCAAGCCAUACUUCUCUGGGUGCCAUACAUGAUAUAUGUGCAGUGCAGUGCACCAGGCCGGAUAUGCACGGCUAGCUCUGCACGCCUCGCCCUCUCCUUGGAUUGAUGCUAACCCAUGUGUGGACUGGUUGCUGUGACAUACCCAUGUGUGGACUGGUUGCUGUGACAUACCCAUGUGUGGACUGGUUGCUGUGACAUACCCAUGUGUGGACUGGUUGCUGUGACAUACCCAUGUGUGGACUGGUUGCUGUGACAUACCCAUGUGUGGACUGGUUGCUGUGACAUACCCAUGUGUGGACUGGUUGCUGUGCUGCAAAGAUUCAUGGUACUAGUAACCUACUAAGAUGCAUGAACGGACACAUGCCAGCACAUGCUACAAAUCACACCAGCAAGUGUGCCAGCACAUGCUACAAAUCACACCAGCAACUGUGUUUGUUUUAAACCUAGGCUAGCAUCAUUCCUUUCGGUACAUGUAGGCCGCACCAUGCUCAAGGUUGUUUUGCAUUGGCUUUUCUACCGACGCAUGGGCACGGGAAAUGGUGCUAGAUUUUAUUACCCUAUAGGAAUGUUCUAGGUACCGACUGCAGCAAUGCGCAUUGCUUGACUAAAGAGGAAACAUAGGAUGUACUUGUUUUGACUCUGUGUUUUGGGAGGAACUGGAUUUGCAUAAUUAUCAAGAUAUAAUAGAAGUAUCUUUUGAUCUUUAUGCUACAGUGAAAUUAUUACAAGUAUUCUUGUGCAAAACAUAGUAGAAUGAAUGAAUGGCUAAAUGUCAUUUACAUCCAACAUCAAGAAGGGAGCUUCACUUAGUAAUUCUAAUUCCUCAUUCGUGUGUGCGUGUAUAUCUUUUUACUAUGUUGAUAACUUAGUUAUUGGAUGUCCAGCUUUGCGAUUUUCCGUAUUUUUCUCCUGGCACUCUAAGCCACGUUCUGAUUUAGACGCAAGCAAAUCUCGAGGCUGUGCUUGACGGACAUGAUUAUUCACUUCAUAAUUCAGCAUCUCAAUACUAGUAUCCUCCUUGGUC